AUGGACAACAUGAUAGUUAAGAUGUAAGGAGUACCGAGUAUAAAACUGCUUACUUGUUUUUUGAUCGGUCCAGGGAGGCACUCUGUGAAAUCGGGAGCGAAAUGGAUAUAAGGACUAGGGAUACAGUCUACUCUCGCCUUGCGGACACCCUGCUAUUACGGGCACCCCGGCAAUAUGAACAGCCACUAAAUCCCUCCCUAUUGCGGACUUUUGUUUGCUAUCAAGGACACUAACUCGGGGCCCCGAGAGUGACCUCAAUAAACGAAAGUUGACCACACAGGGUUGAGCCCUGAUUUUUGGACUACAUUAGAAUAGGAGUUUCAUUGAGAAAUAAAGGCACAAUUUAGUGGCAUUAAUAACCUCCUGCUCUUGUACGUUGGUGUAAUUUUACUUCAGAAUCCCUCAGGCUUUUCCUUUCUUUUGAAAACGAGGGCUUUGUUUUUUAAAAACCUCAACGGGAUUACCAAAUUUUUCAUAAAGGAUCAAUCGAAAUGAAUUCAGGUCUAAGCAGUAAAAAGACGCCAUCUCGUGUCAUCAUUGCACACGGGAUAUGAAGCGAGGACCUGUUAAGAUCAUUUUAAGAACAUAUUAAAGAAGAUACAUGUCUAUCUUAGAUAUAAUUACCUGUGGACAACUGGAAAAGACCGUGUUAAACUUCUGUCUAGUAGUAUGACGCAGUAGUGAAUAAAUAAAAUGCUGUUUGUCAGUUAAUUGUUUUGCCUUUUCAUGUUUGGUAUGCAUUAUAACUGGAAACGGGGAGAAAAGAAGGUGUAAACGGCAGAAGGGAGUUUGAGGUAGGAAGAGCGGGUAAUAAGGCGCAGAACAGAGCCAUAUUGAGGGACCGAGUUUAGGCGACUUAUAACUGGCGUCCGUUACAAAUAAAAGAAUUAAGACAAUAGGGAUCUUAAGAUUGAGGUUUUUCAGCAUUUCCCGAGAACCGCGAACGUCAAGAAGUCACCUGACCAGGACCUUGCCGUCAGGUCUGCGGUUUGAGGUUCACGUUUGUACGGCUGGACCACGCUCCGGAGGGACGUGAUUUACCGCAAGGUUUAUUACACCCUAAAACAUCACAGUCCCACGUUUGAGAAGAAAGACGACUUUUUAGAACUCUUUUGCUUAUUGAUAAUCGAAUUUCAUUUUCAAAAAACUGUAAUUUUGAAGGCAACAAUUUCUCAGCUAAAAUAGAGGUAAGCGGAUGAAUGAAAACAAAAACAGCAGCCGCGAGCUACCACCCGCGAAUCUUAAACCCCAAAUAUGGCCAGACCGAUAGUGUGAACCGGGACGUGUGAAGAUAUACAUGUACUCGUUUCGUACCUACAAGACUAAACCAGCCUUUUAAUUACUAUUUUAGUUUCUCGCAUCUCUGGAAUUCAAGAUAACGGUUUGGGGAUCAACGGACUAAUUGUUAUAGACGUCACUGAAAUAAUGUACUGCAUAAUGGUAGUCAGUUCUUGGUGUUGCAGAGAAGAAAACUUAUCAAUACCCACAAAACAAAACAAAAGUGUCGGUGUCCGUAACACCAAGAAACACCCAAGAUAACAUAUAGAUUUCUGACCAGUACUCCAUAGAAAAGUGCAAGAGUACGAUUUUUAGGCGACUUGACCAAAGAAAACAGGAGUCAGGAACUGAAACGUUACGACAAGGACCACAUCAGCUGCCAUGAACUGAUCGGAUGGACUCAUGAUCAGGAUUCUUGCUCCACUUUUUACGAGAAAUAAAGAAGCGUUCUUAUAAGAAAUAUAUGAACAUGGCGCGUUGUAAAUUCGUUGUACAACGAAGGCGAAUGGUCACCUGGGGUGCUACAUACUUCAAAGGUCCAACUAAGAUGGAUCACUUUGUCGUUAGACCCUUCUAACUAAAAUGGUUUAAAUAGAAGCAUGGGAUUGAGAUGGGAAAGGACCACAAGCUUGUUUCAAAGAAAUGAAAGAUGGUAAUUUUUAAGCUCGGUGAAACAAAUGUGAAAAUGAAAUGAUCAGCAUGUCACAACCGUGGGACAAAGAAAAAUCUGAGUGCCAGGCAGAAUUCGAACCUAUGACCUCCCAAACACCGGGCGGGCGCUCUAUCCACUUGAGCUACGGAGAACUCGUGGAGAGCGAGGCCAUAUACUAGGUUCAUAUUAUUAUUUAUAUUAAGAGAUCAUUCAACUUUGCCUUCCAUUUAUUUUUGGGGGUUCGGAUCUGAACCAAUGUGUCGAAUUGAAAUCUUGUCUCUUCAUUUCUCAAUUACAUUCAAACUAUUCAAUCGUUUCUGAUUGUCUCCAGUCCCGCCGCUAAAUCCUCAUAACCGGCACACGGUUACCAUCAUUUGGAAGAUGUAGCUACCAUCUAUUUUCCUUGUCACAAUCACGCACUAAUUCUAGGCAUUGCACACUGUUCAAACAACGACAGAUUUCGUUGGGUAUAAGUAGCUACCAGAAUAGCGUGAUAUGUUUGAUUUUAAGCUAGUCAGUUCUUCCCGUACGUGUUUGACCCCUGUACUAUACAUAGCCAUUUAUUUUUAUUUAUUUAUUUAUUUAUUUUUUUUACCUCCUGCUACACAAGUUUCACUUCCUUGGCUUUUCGAAUUCGCCGCAGUCAUUGUUCCUACCCUUCUUCCUCCUUGUCUGCCUUAGCCUUCAAUAUCCAUACAACAUUUGUCUGUGACGUUUCUUUCGGAGAGCCCAUGCACUAAUAGGGACACCCGGACUUACGGACACCAUGGCAUGUCCCUUCUGUUUCCCGUAUUAACCGCGGGUUCCCUUGUAAGUUCUUUUUGAGAAGUAAAAUAUAUGUUUUUCCUGAUCCUUUUUUCCGAGCUUUUGGUAUGGUGAGAAGCAAAUUGACACCAGUUUUUUUGUUUUUAAUCGUCUAUCCUCUUGGGUCAUUACAUUGUCAAAGCUUCGCAGUAGUGGAUCCAUUCACCUGGGGCUCGUGCUCGUAAAUCUACGACAACACUUUGACAAUGUUGUGACCAAAUUUUUGCGAAAAAAACUAGCGUCAAUGUGAUGAACUGAACCAGUUUUUGUGCAUAAAAUUUUUAUUUAACCUACUAUUUUCCUACUUCAUCGGAUGUAGCAGAGCAUUCAUCCAUUUGCAGUGUGGUGCGCGUUAUCCCAGUUCGUGUGGGGUGGAGUCAACCGAGUAAACUUGACUACAAAGUAGGGUGAAACCUUAGGGAAAUGGGACUUAGUUCGAGCUAGCGGGGAAUUCGAGUUAUCGGGGUUCUACUCAGUGUGAAUGCCUGGCGUCGAGCUUCCAAAGGGAGUCAGAUAACGCGGAUUUUAGGUUAUUGUCAAUUUAAUGACUCUUAAUAAACAACCAUUCAAAAAGUGGUGUAGAAACAAGUUCCGGUUAAAAAAAAAAAAUAGUGGCAUCGCCAAGACUCUCCGCAUUGAAAAUAUGUCCUUUCGAUGGAUAUAAAAAGAACUAUCCUGUUGCAGUCUACAAAGAUUUUCUCUUGAAAGCCCAGGGAAAAUAAAUGACAUCGCGACGAGCAAAAUUCAUCGCUUGCGCUAUAAUUGAGUACUGCAGUAGCCUGCGUAUCAGGCGCUUGACAAAUAUGGUUUCUAAGCUCUCCAUUUCUGGUGGCCAGCGAAACGAACGAAAGAGAACGCGCAAGCAAGCGGCAAAGCAGCCUUUCUUUUUCGCGUCAGCCUGCGAAAGCAGCCGUUUCUCUUCGCUCUGCGCCGCUUGGAACAAGCGUUGUAGAACAUUUUAACCUCAAAGUUAUCCAACGCUUUCAAGCUUUUUCAAGUUUUGAUCAUUUUAACUAUUGUUUUUUUGUUAUAUCAGAAUGCCAAAAUUACACGAGACUGAACAAUGCUGAUAGGAAGAUAACUUAUGGAAGGAACAGUUAUUGUGAUAACGAUAUAGGCACUGGAUGGUUUCGUUUUGAAGGGUCAGCCCGCACAAGGCCGUGCCAACUUCAUGUCCACCUGUCCAAAGGUGUAACACUGAUGUUACAGGCUGGUUGGAGGGUAGUCACCCCACAGUAGCAGAAGGUCAGGUCAGCAGGCGGGUGUGUUUUCACUACGUUAAUAACUGCUGUCACUGGGCAACAAACAUCUAUGUGAGAAAUUGCAGUUUAUGUUAUGUGUACUAUCUUAGUGUUACAUAUUCUAUCAUUUCACUUAAGUAG